AUAUAACCGGCCGCCGGUACUGCCUUCGCUGCACGACUUUGCAAGUUCUGAAUUGUUUCUUGUUCCUAUAUUUGCUGCUGAAGCACUGAUCGUUGUUCAGAUAUGUCUACUGCGGGUCCUAAGAAGGUGUGCAUUCUUGGCUCAGGCAACUGGGGUUCUGCCAUUGCGAGGAUAGUCGGUAAGAAUGCACAGGAACAUGAUGCCUUUGACACUGUCGUCAACAUGUGGGUGUUUGAGGAGAUGAUUGACGGCAAGAAACUCACCGAGAUCAUCAACGAAACUCAUGAAAAUGUCAAAUACCUGAAAGGUUACAAGAUCCCAGAAAAUGUCGUAGCAGUCCCAGAAGCGAAGGAAGCAGUUAAAGGGGCACACAUCCUCAUCUUUGUGUUACCUCAUCAGUUUGUCGAAAGAAUCUGCUUAGGUAUCAAGGAUACCAUUGAGAAGGAUGCAAUGGCUAUUUCUCUGAUUAAGGGUAUGAUCAUUAAAGACAAAGGACUUCAGCUGAUUACAGAAGUCAUCAAGGAACACCUGAACAUUGAAGUGAACUGUUUGAUGGGUGCUAAUCUGGCUCCUGAGGUUGCUGCAGGCUACUUCUGUGAAACUACAAUUGGUUGCAGGAAUGCAGAGGCUGGGAAGAUAAUGAAGAAAUUGUUUGAAGCACAGUACUUUCGCAUCGUAGUCGUUGAGGAUGCCACAACAGUGGAGUUAUGUGGAGCACUAAAGAAUAUAGUGGCAGUGGGUGCCGGAAUCAUAGAUGGCCUGGGCUUGGGUGAUAACACCAAAGCAGCCAUCAUUCGACUUGGACUGAUGGAGAUGGUAGCAUUCUCUCAGGCAUUCUAUCACAACACUGAGACUGCUACCUUCCUUGAGAGCUGCGGGGUUGCUGAUCUCAUCACUACGUGCUACGGGGGAAGAAAUCGACGCGUAGCUGAGGCCUUUGUUAGGACAGGAAAGAGUAUUGAAGAGCUUGAGAAGGAGAUGUUGAACGGUCAGAAACUGCAAGGACCUCAAACUGCUGAGGAGAUCAAUAUCAUGCUGACCAGCAAAAAUUUGACGGCCAAUUACCCAUUGUUCACAGCCAUCUACAACAUCUGCUACAAAGGUCUGCCCGCCACUGAUCUCAUCAGCUGCCUGCACGACCACCCUGUACACAUGUAAAUCAUGUGACCAUAAAGUCAUGUGACUGUGAAGUCAUGUGACCAUGAAGUCAUGUGACCACAAGGUCACCACUACAGCAGCUAGUUUCAUAUCCGCCUAUUGGUAUGUUUUGUAUUGGAUAACUCCAACGAUAAAUCCAGUGCAUAUAUACAUUUACGGUAGGAUGUGAAAAGAAAUUAUUUAUGCAAACCUUGCAAAAUAUCGAAAUUGUGUCACUGUCUAAGUGAAAAUCACAGUACAACAAUAAACAAGAUCUGAAUAUGAGUACCAAUGCAAUUAAACGUAUAGAUUAUACAUGUCUAGUUCUACUGUGGAGCACUCGGCUACUCAUUUUUUGUGUUAGUAAUUUAUCAUAUUGUUAUCUGUAUAAAUUAUGAACUAAAUUACUUGAAAACCAUCAUCACAACAUCUUUACAAAGAUAGGAGGCUUCACUACAGAAAAGAGAGAAAACAGUCAGGCUUCCACUUCAUGUGGUGUAUAUAAACUAAUACAAUAUUUUAAAUACUAGACGAUAAAAAUUAAGCAGUCACAUUUUUGUUUGAAGUGAUAGCCACUUAUUUACAAAAAACACCAUGUGACUGGGUAUUUCAUUUAACCAUUCACUACACAUUCUGUUGAUGUUACCUUAGAAAUUUGUGGGACAAAGUUUGUACCCAGGAUGAGGCAUUUGGUGUGGUUUUAAUUAAGAAUGCAAGGUUUACAUGGUAAGAUGGUGUAGGCUUAGAAGGGCUGUUUGAAGGGGAAAAAACCUAGUUAAUACUUCAACAGACAUUAAAGUGUGGGUUUGCUACAAAGUUUUUACCAACCCUUGAAGAUGUUUGUUUUUUGCAUUGGGCUUUUUAAGUUAGAUAUAUAACAAUUUCCAAGUAUAAGUAUGGGUGAUUGAUAGCUCGAAUCUUUCUUCAAUUUGAAAUGUAGGUGCAAUGGUUAUUGUACAUUUUGCUACUGGAUAGUUUGAAUAAAAUGGCAGGCCUGUUUUGUGAAAAAGAAAUGAAGAUUUUGUCUUUUUGCUACUUUUUGGACAGGCACUUCUGAUUUUUUUUGUUUUGUACGGAGAGAACCUCAGUAGACAUUCACAGUUCAACUAGGCUGAACAGUCCUACACCUUUAAAUUGUUCGCAGAGUUUGAAAUAACGUACAAUACUGGACUUACAUUUGUACUCUAACAUUUUAAGUGUCGGUCUUUUUUCACAACUACAUGUAUACAGAUCAUAAUAUUAACUUUAUUUACUGAUGGUAGCGAUGUCACAUUGUCACCUCUAGGAUGAUUUUCAAUUGGCCAUCUUCAAAAACAUGAGAUAUACAAACAUUAAAAAUAAUUAAGAAGGAAUAAUUAACAGGGGAAAAAGCACUUAAACAUUCAUUACGUCCAGAUAAAAUUUGAGUAACAUUCAUAAAUUAAAGCUAAAUACAUUGUACAAUUAAAGUUAAUUGUUAAAGCUAUAUUACAAUUACCAGACUGACUUAAAUGUACACCAAAACCCAACACUCCAGGAAUAAAUGUAUGCUCCAUUGGAAUGUUUAUUUAACCAGGUCUAAAUGUUCAUCUUUAUUUCAAUCUGUAUUUCUUUUCCACCAAUUGAGAAAAACAAGAUCGGCAAAUUUAACGUGAGUGCAUAACAACAAUGUACCCUAUAAUUUUACAAGGGCGAUUUACAAGCUUGUCGUUAUUGUUAUACAUAAAUUGCAGUGAAAUAUAACAUUGAAAAUUCACUUAAAGAUAAAGGUAGGCUGAAAAAGGUUUUUGUUUUGGAAAAGUUUGUUAAUAGAAUCGUCAGUAUAUUAAGAUUUUUACUGCUGUAAAUUAGAUCGAGUCAACGUUUUGACGGAAUUUCGCAUGUUGUGAAGAAAAGAGCGUGGCAUCGUAAGAAAGCGCCUCAGAGUUUUUGGUCUUUCAUUUCCCUAUGUUUUAGAACCAUUCGGUAUACAUACUGCGUUUUAAUGCCUUUGCUUUCACCGGUCACUACGCAAUAAUGGAAGGAACGCUUGUCGGGUUCACAGACACUAAAUCUAAUUCAUUGUUUUGGCAAAUUAUCCACCGUAAGGUACAACAAUCUUUCGGUGUUGUAUGAAAUUUGGACUUAUGAAAUACCAAUUCAUUGAUUGUAUUGCACAUGCCUUGGUGAAUAUAAUUAGGACAGAGAUAUUACACAUGAGGGUUAGAGUCCAUAUGAGGUAAACGAGACCAUAUUUCAUGGGAGUCAACAUUUCAUAUGACACCGGAAAUCGCAAAUGUAGGUUCCGCUCCAGUCACUUUGAGUGCGCAGUUUAAUAUUUAUAUGUUUUCCUUUCAAAGAAUGAGCAUAAAGUUCCAUUCCUGUUGAAAUUAAAAUCUGCAGUGGCUAGAUAAUUUUAGGGUGGGUUUUUUUGGUUCGUGAGGUGAUAAUGACUGCAUGUAAAUUAAAAAAUGGCAAAAAAUCAGGCCCA